CAGACUGAAGUGUUUCAGUUGUUUUUACGUUAAAUUUCAACUCUGAGCAGAACAAAUCAUCUGAUUAGAAACACGUUUAAAUGUAAAGCAUUGAGAAGUUUCUGCAUGAAGCGGCUGUGCUGACAUCGAUGGAUCAACGCUGAUCCGGUGACUCUAACACGUUAAAAGGAUUAUUUUGAUCGAUCCGGAUCGAUGGAGGUGCCUCAGCAGCGAACAAGCAGCUAUGAGCUUAUUCCCCCCAACAUGUCUGAGCUGAGGGUUGUCCUGCUGGGGAACAGCUGGUCUCAGAGGAGAGAUGUGGGGAACUUCAUACUGGGAGGGGCCGUGUUCAGCACUGAGGAACCAGACUGCUGUGUGAGGGUCAGCGGGCGGUGCAGGUGGAAAGAAAUCGUACUGAUCAACACUCCAGAUCUGCUGCAUCCAAACAUCUCUGAGGACAAACUGACAGAGUUGAUAGAAACCUGUGUGAGGCUCUCUGAUCCUGGACCUCAUGUGUUCCUGCUGGUUCUACAGCCUGAAGACUUCACUGAGGAGCAAAGACUGAGGCUGCAAACAGUCCUGGAAGACUUUGGUGAUCAGUCAUUUGAACACUCGCUGGUCCUGAUAUCAACACCUGCAAAGGAACAAUUAGCUUCCAGUGAAAGUUAUAUGGAAGAUCCCCCAUUAAAGGACAUGAUGAAAACGUGUAGAUUCAGAUAUGUGAAGCAGAAGAACCUUGAACCUCUGGAACUGUGGACACGUUUAGGUCAGAUUGUGAGAGAGAACAAGGAAAAGCAUGGGCGCUAUGGUGGUGGACUGGUGGGCACAGCUGACUGGGUGAGGGACAAACUGAAAAUGUCUGUAAACACCUCAGCGAGCUCUGAAGAGCAGACCCUAAAAGCACGGCCAGGGAUGUUGUCAGGGCCAGCUGCUCUCGGGGUUAGUCCUCAGAACCUUCCACACCUCAGUUGA